GGGACGCCGUACCCGUACGGGAUGAGGCGAAGGCGCAUAGCGCAAAGGUUGCUGCACCAGCGAAUAGUGGGGCUGUCUGUGACAGAUCCACGAGCGUUGGCAGCGGCAACACGUGGACGUCCGCAAGGACGGGGGCGAAGCGUAGGGGCCACGGCGGAGCUGGCCAUCCCAACAGCACCAACCCGUCUCUUCCCUUAGGGUUGAAGAGUGGGGGCGCAAAGCAAGCACCCCUCGGGGAGCCGACUAGCGCUGGUGCUGGGGGGAUUGGCCGCGGAGCAACGGCCAACUGCGGGAGGGACGCACCGCUUCCAAAUUCUGGUGGGGCGGCUCCGGGCGCCAUAGACGACGCUACUGCACCCCAGGGUGCGGAUGCGCAGUCGGGUGGAGGAGUAGCCCCAACCAGGAGGCAGAAGAGGCGUGCGAAGGCGCGGGAGAAUAGGGACGCGCAAGUGGGGGCCGGACCCUCCACUAGUGGGGCGGGGAGGCAGCCUAACAAGAGGUCACUGGGGGCCAGUGGCGACUCUUCUCUGCUCGCUGGCGACCACAAGCGAACGAGGGUGGGGGGGACGUUUGCUGAGGUAGCGGCGAGCGAGAAGAUGGCUAUCGUCCCAGUGGCCUUUCCUGGGGAAAAGGUGAUGUUGGAGCAUAGGUCGGCCAUAGUGAGCGUCCUGCUCGUAGCUUUGGACGAGGCGGCCGAUCCUAUGCCCGACAUCACACUAGGUGCUGUCACGGGGGUGCGCUUCACAUCACCUGCGGAGGAAGCGACGCAGUGGGAUGGCUCCGCUCGGUGAUCGGAAGAGGAGAGAUCGGCGGGCGGCGCCUGAAAGUCGUGGCUGCUAAAGAUCUGCCGAAGCCGGUCAAGAUGGCCUGGCGUACGGCGAUCGAUGGCAGCCAGGACGUGUCGCUGGCUCUGCGGGUGAUGCAGAGGCGCAACCCUAAACUCCGCACCGACGAGUGGAAGGUGGUCGACACCGUGAUGUCGGAGCUGAACACCAGGCGCAUCGUUCUGAUGGACCAGGUGUCAGCUGACGUCAUCAGGGAGGCCGGCUACGUUCUUCACUCGGGGCUCGACACCAGCCACUUCAAGCUCCUGGAGACGGGGAAGGAGCGUGAGCAUGAAGAGGCUGGGGUGGAGCCCGGCGCGGACGGGGGGAGGGGGACUCGGUGGCCGAUGAGGCUGCGGGCGCCGCGGGGGCGGCGACGGGGGAGGCCCCGGAGCGGGACGCGCCGCCUGGCGCUCCUGCGGAGGUGGCUCGGGACCGGUCAGAGGCGGGGGAAGUGGUGCUAGUCGGGGAGAGUUUCGCCGGGCUGCGCUGGACCCGAGAGUCGUCACCGAUCCUAUCGGUGGCGGGCUCGGAGGACCUGCGCGGUCUGGAGGAACUCUACCUGGAGGGCACCACUUCGCCCAUGUCCUGCGACAACACGGUCCAGGAGGCGGCCGCUGAUCUCAGCACCGCCAAACACUAACCGCCGUAAUGGAGGGGCUAAGGGAUCUGACCACGGUCAAGAUCCUGAAUAAAGGGGGG